AUGUCUUAUGUCCAACCGAGUCACCUCUACACACGCAUCCUGGAGAACCUGCCCUGGAAAUCCGGUGACCCGAAUACCAAGGGUGACCCACGGAAAAGUGUCAAAUGGAUCGAUGGCCUGAGAGGUAUUGCCUCAUUCCUGGUGGUGAUGACCCACCUCGCACGAGCAUGGGAUUAUGAUCUGUUUUCGCCGCGGGACGAUGUGGAUGUCCCUCCCCGUAUCCUCCAGUGGCCCGUUCUACGGAUUCCCUGGCAGGGACGUCUAGGUGUCACCAUCUUCGCCUUUCUCACGGGUUAUGUUUGCGCCUUGAAGCCUAUGAAGCAAGCCCGGAAUAGCGAUCACCUGGGCUCAUUCACAUCUGUUGCCAAAAGUGCCUGGCGUCGCCCGCCUCGUCUCAUCUUCCCCGCUACUAUCGCCUUGAUCAUUUCGUGGGUGAUGGCGCAGUGUGGGGCUUUCAUUGCGGCGAACCGGUCCGACUGUUGGUGGUGUCGUUAUGCUUCUCCGGAUCUGGAGGACUCGCUGUGGAAAGAGUUCAAGCGCCUCUUUGAGAACUUCUUGGGUGUGUGGACUACAGGAUAUAUGGCGUAUGAUGAUCACCAGUGGGCUUUGCUGCCGCUGCUUAAAGCCUCGAUGCUUGUAUAUGUUAUGAUCUGCGCCGUUCAGUUUGUUAAGUUCCGGUGGCGUCUGGGUAUUUACCUUGGAAUGCUGCUAUACUUCCACCAAGAUGCGGCUAAGAACACGGAAACAUUCCAAAUGCAAGCCAUCUACGGGAUGGCGCUUGCUGACCUUUCAUACGAGAUCUCGUUCCGAGAAUUCAUCGAAAAGCACAAAUGGCCUCGGAGAAUCUUAUGCACUGUCCUCGGAAUCUCCGGCCUCCUCAUCUGCUCCUACCCCGGCGAGCACCCUGAAUGGGCAACAUGGUCCAACUACAUGUUCGAGGCCGCCCAUUAUAUCUUCCCACCAGAUGUCAACAUCGGAAAACGCUACUCAGCAAUCGGUGUCGAUCUCAUAAUAUUCGCAAUCUAUAUUUCCCCCUCAACGAAAGACUUCCUCUCCAACCGCCUUCUUCUCUGGCUCGGCAAACAAAGUUUCGCCGUCUACCUUGUACACGGCACUCUCCUCCGCACAGUUCUGUGCUGGAUGCUCUACGGAAUCACAGGCCAACCGUGGGAAGGCGAACCAGUUGAUGGAAAUGGCCAGCCCCUCCUGGAUGAGAACGGUCAACCCCUCCACCCACACUGGAUCCCCAUCCGCCCGCCAUGGGUCGUCGCAAUCUCCAUCCCAGCGUGGAUUGUGCUGGUCUACUUCUGUGCAAGCAUGUGGACAUCGUACGUUGAUCCAUUCUGUGCGAAGAUGACCCACAAGCUGGAGAAGAUUAUGUUCGAGCAAGAUGAGAAGUCUGCGGAAACUUUGCCGCUUACCACCAUGCCGAUGACUACUGCGUAA